AGUGCCUUAUUCAAUGUCUUUCUUUUAUCGCUGCUAUGCUAGCACCUAACCAUAGCACCUAAGGCACCUUGCGGCCCCCGACGGCUACAGAAUGUGAUUUGUGUGUAGUAGUGUAAGGCAAAGUUACGCCACAUAGCCUGAAGCAGCGUUAUAGAAGUGGACAAGUUGAAAGGAAACUACGGCGUGACUGUGGGUUAUCAUGGAAAAAGUGAGCAAAAACAAGACUAACCCGGCAGCGACGGCGAGCAUUUUGUCCAAAAUAUUUUUCUGGUGGCUCAACCCUUUGUUUCGCACUGGACGCAAACGCAAACUGGAGGAAGAUGACAUGUACGAGGUGCUCACAGAGGACAGGUCGGAGAAACUGGGACAAGAUCUGCAGAGAUGCUGGGAUCAUCAGAUUCAUACGGCUACGAAGGAGCUGCGGACACCUAGCCUUGCCAAAGGCAUCAUUAAAUGCUACUGGAAACCAUAUGGAGUGCUGGGACUCUUUACCCUCAUUGAAGAGGUCAUUAAAGUGGUCCAGCCGGUCAUCUUGGGGAAGAUGAUUCAGUACUUUGAGAAUUAUGACCCAGAUAACAUGACAGCUCUGUACGACACUCUGGGCUAUGCAGCUGGCUUGUCUAUGUGCACCCUCAGCCUGGCCUUGACCCAUCACCUCUACUUCUUCCACGUCCAGAGAACGGGCAUGAAGAUCAGAGUGGCCAUGUGUCACAUGAUCUACAAAAAGGCUCUGCGUCUCAGCAGUUCAGCCAUGGGAAAAACCACCACAGGGCAGAUUGUCAACCUCCUAUCCAAUGAUGUCAACAAGUUUGAUGAUGUGACUAUCUUCCUGCACUUUCUGUGGGUCGGGCCCCUCCAGGCUGCGGCGGUGGUAGGACUGUUGUGGGCGGAGAUCGGCCCAUCAUGCUUAGCGGGGAUGGUGAUUCUCAUGUUCCUGAUGCCCACGCAAACCAUGUUUGGAAGGCUCUUUUCUAAGUUCAGGAGUAAGACAGCUAUUCUCACUGACGAAAGAAUCCGCACAAUGAACGAAGUGGUGUCUGGAAUGAGGAUCAUUAAGAUGUACGCCUGGGAGAAACCCUUCGCUGCUCUGGUCACUGAGGUCAGAAGGAAGGAGAUCUCCAAGAUCAUGAACAGCUCCUACCUACGAGGCCUUAACAUGGCCUCCUUCUACUGUGCCAGCAAGAUCAUCCUCUUCGUCACUUUCACCCUCUAUGUCCUCCUGGGAAAUACCAUCACGGCCAGCCGUGUAUUUGUUACAGUCUCGCUGUACACUUCUGUGCGACUCACCGUCACGCUCUUCUUCCCAAGUGCCAUCGAGAAGCUGUUUGAGAGCCGCGUUAGCGUCCGCAGGAUUCAGGAGUUCUUAAUGCUGGAUGAGAUCACAAAAGGCCCGGCUGCACUGCCACAGGAUGAGAAGAAAGACGCUUUCUUGGAGAUCAAGGACCUAGUCUGCUACUGGGACAAGAGUCUGGAUGCUCCAUCUCUGCAGAACGUCUCCUUCACUCUGAACUGCAGUCAGCUGUUGGCUGUAAUUGGACCAGUGGGAGCUGGAAAGUCAUCCCUGUUGAGUACCAUCCUGCGAGAGCUUCCCCAUGAAAAGGGGGUGCUAAAAGAAGGUCAGCUGACCUAUGCUGCCCAGCAGCCCUGUGUGUUCCCCGGAACCAUUCGCAGUAACAUCUUGUUUGGGAGAGAGCUCGACACCCAGAAGUAUGAGAGAGUCAUUCGAGCCUGUGCUCUAAAGAGGGACAUAGAGCUGCUCCCAGAUGGAGACCUGACAAUAAUCGGGGACAGAGGAGCCACACUCAGCGGGGGACAGAAAGCUCGUGUCAACCUUGCCAGGGCUGUGUAUCAGGAUGCAGACAUCUACCUGCUGGAUGACCCUUUGAGUGCUGUGGAUGCUGAGGUUGGAAGACACCUGUUUGAACAGUGUAUCUGUGGCCUGCUGAAGAACAAGCCUCGUAUCCUGGUCACUCACCAGCUGCAGUACCUGCAAGUAGCCGACCAGAUUGUUGUCCUCAAGGAGGGUCACAUGGUGACAAAGGGGACGUAUACAGAGCUGCAGCGGUCUGGAGUGGACUUCACGUCUCUGUUGAAGGAGGAGGAAGAGAAACAGCCCCCUCCAGGCAUUGUCGCCAGGAGCAGAACUCUGUCCCAGAACUCUAUGAUCUCACAGACCUCAUCUGUGCCCUCGAUCAAAGAUGGAGACCAGCUACCGGCAGAGCAGGUGCAGACAGUACCAGAGGAGAGUCGGGCUGAGGGAACCAUUGGAGUGAGUCUGUAUGUCAAAUACCUGAGAGCUGGAGCCAGCAUUGUUGUUCUGCUGGUUGGCAUAGUGGUCAGCAUUCUGGCGCAGGUAGCAUACAUCAUGCAGGACUGGUGGCUGGCUCACUGGGCUGACAAGCAAGAUAAGCUGACUAACAGCACCAUCAUCCAAAACGGGCGAAACAUCACUGCAGAGCUGAACACAGAUUUCUACCUGGGUGUUUUUGGAGGUUUGACUGCAGCUGUCAUCUUUUUGGCUUCAUCAGGAAUAUUGUUCUGUUCAGCGUAUUGGUGAAGUCUGCGCAGUCUCUGCACAACCGCAUGUUCAACUCCAUACUCAAAACCCCUGGCAUUUCUUUGACGUCAACCCUAUUGGAAGAGUCUUGAACAGGUUUUCAAAGGAUAUUGGCCAGCUGGAUUCUAUGUUGCCGUGGACUUUUGCUGACUUCAUUCAGGU